AUAUAAAGACACUCGCUUUAAGUUUUCUCUUUUUUAAUAUAUAAUAUGCCUUUCAUUCAAAGGAUACAAAUGAUGCUGGGAUUCUCAUGCGUUGUUUAUAUAUUGCUGAUAGUCAUCCAUAGUACCAGCGGGUUCGUACAAUCUUCAUGGGGUUAUCAUCACGGAGUUGGGCCAAACAGAUGGGGAACAUUAUUUUCAACAUGCAAAGGCAGACGGCAGUCUCCAAUAGACAUUCAAACUCAGGAUGUUGUAUAUGAUAAAAAUUUGAAGCAAUUUAAUUUAAGUGACCUAGAUAAAGUAGACGAAUACAGGGCGAAAUUCGAAAAUAGCGGUCAUUCUGUUGAAGUCCAUCUAUCAGACAAAAGGCUAAGGGUUACUGGAGGCAGCCUUCCAGGACCAUAUACCGUAGCUCAAUUCCACUUUCAUUGGGGAUCAGUGAAUCAUCGCGGAUCCGAACAUGCAAUAAAUGGCAGACAUUUUCCAAUUGAGAUGCAUGUUGUGAUGCACUCUGACAAGUUUCAAACUGUCACCGACGCCAUGAAUGUCACAAACGGAUUAGCGGUCUUGGGAUUUUUCAUAGACGUUGGCGACUACAACGAUGAAUUUGAAUCCAUUAUACGUAAUCUUAGAAACAUUAAACGUAAAUCUGAUAGUGUCAUAAUAAAAGCAUUAAGUUUGUCAGAUUUAUUCCCACAAACUACAGACUAUUUAAGAUAUGCUGGUAGUCUGACAACACCACCAUGUUAUCAGAGCGUCAUUUGGAGUGUAUUUGUACAUCGCAUCUAUAUUUCACAAUAUCAGUUGGACCAGUUUCGUAGCCUUGGAAAAACACAUUAUCCAGGGUCAGAGGACCUGAUAAACAACUACAGAAAUCCACAACCAUUAAAUGGUAGAAAAGUCACUACAAAUGUGCAGUUGCUAUUCAACUAAAUUACCAGCACAAAAUAGAAGACAUUAGAAAAUGUUUUAAAUCUAUGACUCUUUUGUGAGAUUAUUGUUUUGUUUUGUUAUACAAUUUAAAUAGAAAUAUUAUCUACAAACA